CUGCCCGACAGCCUGCGGCUGGCGCGGCUGCUGCUCGAGCGGGCGGCACAGCUGCAGCACGAGGUGGGUACGGCCGCCCCGCGAACACGCCCGGCCCCGCCGCGGCUGCCGCCCCACAAGGUGCGACCCAAUCUCUCCGUGUCUCUCCCCAGAUGUGCGAGAAGUUUACCGUCUGCCAGAAUAGCAUGGAAAUGCUCCUCCACAACAACCUCAACCUCCCCAAGGUGACGGAGGAAGAUGGGUGUCUGCUCGCCGGCUUUAAUGAGGAUAAAUGCUUGACAAAAAUCUCCAGUGGACUUUAUACAUUUCAGACAUACCUCAAAUACAUACAAGAAACUUUUAUUAGUGAAAACCAAAACGUUGAAUCGCUAUCCUAUAGUACAGAGCACCUGGCACGUACCAUAAGACAGAUGGUGAUCAAUCCCGAAGAAGUGAUCAUCCCAGAUGCAGCUACCCAGGAAUCCCUCCACACAAAGCUGAAGUCCACUAAGGCCUGGACAGAGAAAAUCACCAUCCAACUCAUCCUCCGAGAUUUUACUUCAUUUAUGGAGAAGACAGUGAGGGCCGUGCGCUAUUUGAAAAACACCAGGAGUUUCAGUGUUUGAAUGUUUUAGUUCAGGCACAGUCCUUUUGUUACAAAUCUGUCAGGUGGCAGAUAACAGUGUUGUUCUGUUUUAAGAACUAGAAAUAGUAACAAUGGUUUGCAUCUACAUACAUUCCCAUUUCCUUCUAAGAACUUAUUUAUUGUAUUUAAGAUAUUUAUUAGUUUUUAAUAUUUCUUAUUUAUAUUGUCAAUGUUUAGAAAUAAUUUAAACAAAUUAUGUAUUUUAUUUCCUUUCUACUGGUACUAUUCAGAUAUAAACUUAUUUAAUAUGUAUUCAAAAAAAAUUUUUCAGAACCCAGAAAAAUUUUUGUAUAACUUAUGUUUUUAUAUAUUUGAGAGAUGGUAUUUAUUACUUUUUUAUAUUUUUAAGACAAAUAAAAGCUGAUUUUUAAAAAAAGCUUGUAUAAACCCUGUGAACUUUAAAUAAGACUAAAGCACUCUAAUAUAUCCAGUUUUUAAUACCUGCAAUUAUCAGAAUGACCACUUUCAAGAACUUCUCUGUAUAAUUAGGCCAGUUCUCUACAUAGCACAUAUGUAUACAAGUAGACAACUUGAUUACUGUAUAAUUCUUAAAAUGGGAUAUAAAGGAACCAGAUGCACUUAAAAGGGCACUUAAGAAUGAACAAGAUAAUCCAUCAAUGCUCCUGAGAAACAAAUGGAGAAGUGCCUUAUAUUUAAUAAGGAACACCCAAUAAAAUUUUAAGUAUCUUCUUACAAGUCAAAUAGUCUCUUAAAUAAAUAAAGUGGUGAGACAACCACAUUAACCACUUUGACAUGAAUACUAUCCUCUGAUUAGUUUUAUUGCUGUCAUCCUGGGGAAUUUUCCAAGUUUGGUUAAACAGUUCUGGCCCCUACCGCAAGAAAUAGAAAAAAAGAAAUUUAGGUUAUUUCCUUAAGCAAUAUAUAAAUCAACAUAUUGCUGCUGAGCAAUGCAGCAACAUGCAUGUCUUUUAUAAUUUAUAUUUCACUAGUAUGGACAAGCCACAUACCAUGAAUGCAUUUUCUUGAAUAUUUGUGUGAAAAAAAAGAAAAAACCAAAACAGAAGAGGAAUUAAGCCUCAGUACCAAACUACUGAAACUUUCCUUGGCUGCAUCAUCUGCAGCACUGUAGCUGUGCAGGUACCUCAUAUACCCAAACUCAGAUGAAUUCACAGACCACACAGGGGAUGCAGGCAGCACAAGUCCCUCGAGCUUUGUCCCUAAAAAUGGUACAUUAUUAAUUACCCUCACUUUUCCUUCUGGCACAGUGGUGAAGAUGCGCAGAUGAAAGGCAUGCCUUGGAAUGUGGAUAAGGAUGUCAGCAAACUCUCCUCUUCCUCUGAGUGAUCUGAUUGUCCACAUAUGCAUUCCACCACUGGGGAUGCCAAAACAGUGACCAGUCCACCCACUGCUCUCAUCUCAGAUGCUCAAAACAAAACAAACCACAGCUUUGCCCAAUAUGGUAAAAUUGUCAUCUCAAGUUGAGCAACAUCUGGAGAAGGAAUGAGGAGAUCUCAAGGAGAUCUUGAAAGAUGUCUGUGGUGAAUGGGUUUUCUAACAGCAUGUAAGAUCCUACUUUAACUGUCCUGGCACACGCUCAGGAAACAUAGGAAAGCCUGGCUUGGCCUUUUCACUGCUUACCUUCACAGGAAUUUUCUUUUAGCGACCAUUUGUUUAGAGACCCUUCCAGCCUUUAUGAUACCAAUAACAGCUAUAAGACCAAAGUGGACCUAGCUACUAUGUGAGAACAGAGAGGGACGAAAAAAAAAAAGGAAAAAAAAAAAAAGCUGACCAAAAGGAAAGGCAUCUCCUGGUUUCACUUCUCCCAGUAGAGAGGGGUGCCUGAGAUCACCAUUAGUUACUAUGUACACUGCAUCUAAACAAACUCACACUGAUCUCCUGAAACACUAAAAAUCAUGUAAGAAUUGGAGUGCUGAAAUCCCUUGCAACAACUGACAGACAAGCACUGACACUUCCAUCUGCACCCUUCAGCUAAUGGCUACCCCAGUCUGUCUGUGCUAGUAAAUACAUAAAUGCUGCCACAUUUUAGGGUGCAGAGGAUGAGCAAAGAUUACCCCUUGUUGGGUGGGGAGGUCAACUGUCAAGUCCUUCCUGAAGGAAAGUGCUAUCCCUGAUGGUGUCACUGAGCUGCCAUUACUUCAUUUGUGGCUCCUCCACAGUUCUGAGGGUCCUUCAGUGCAGCAGCUGCCUUGCUGGCCAUCAGUCUCCUGUCACAGUGGCAACUUCAGGGACUGCUCCCAGGAUCAGCACCACUUGCUGAAACCAACACUCACUGAUGCUUCUGACACACAAAUAUUUGCAGUAGGGAAUUGAGAUGAAAUCAGAGAAGACCUAAACACUGCUGAGCAUGUUACAGGGCCUCUCAAAUGAACCAACUUAUCAUUCUUUUUCUAAUUUGCUGUGUAGACUAUUUUACAUUAGUAAAACACACAAAGGCAUUUAUUUUAGUUGGCAGACCAGCACGAACACAUAAAAAACCUAGAACAACAGUAAAAAGUGAACAGUCCUAACUACACUCAGUAAAAAUGCCUCAACACUUCUAUUGAAGAGAGCUCUUCCUAUCUGACAGCCAACUCACUGAGCAAAGAAAACUCAAAAAAACCAAAACAACAAAAAACCCCCCACUAAUACAACCCAAAUAAAAAAAGACCUAAUAAUGACCUAAAAAAAUACAAAAUUACCCACUAAAGCAGCAUUUUGGCUGCUGCUGUACAGGACCAGCCCUGCCCUGCACAUCCUAGCUAGCUUUUCUCCAUUCAUCCUUAGUUGUUAACUUCACACUGAGAUUCUGGAAUGCUUCACAGAUUACCAGCUCCCUUCAUCCUGAUUUUAAAUUCCCAAAGAAGGAAAAAGGUAAAGCUAUGUUGAAAAGCAUGCAUACAUUAUACAGUAUGCAAGAAAAGCCCACAGUAUUCAGCCCACAGUAUUCAAUGUUUAAGAUGAGAAACAAAAUAUCCCCAAGAGCAACUGCUGUAACACCAGAAUGCUGGACAAGAGAGAAAAAAACCCAAAACAACCCCCAAAAAACCAAAAAGACAGAAUUCAACCUAAUAUUAAAGUAAUCUGUAAUAGAUAAGUGGAGGAGUGGGCAUAAGGGAUAGUCUCUGAAAUACCAUUUUUCUAUUUUUUAACCAUACUUUACUGUGUAAGAAACUCCAAAGGAAAAAAAAAGGUGGAAAACAUUUCGAUCUGACCAAUUUCCCAGGUUGCAGUACCAUUCCCUACCCAGUACUGGUGUAAACACUAAAGUUUGGCAGAAAGAACAACUACUUGAAUGAGACUGCAUGCAUCUCUAGAGCCUCCACAGAUUUUAUCAACAGCUGAUGCAACAAGAGAUGGAAGAGUUACACCACCAGUAAAGCGUGGCAACAGCAUUACUUUUCAGCAGUAUGGAGCCAAUAGGUCAGCUUAGCUUGAUGGGAAACUUCCCCUAUGUUUGCCAUUGUUAUUUGUAACUAAUAAUAUUUUCCAAUUUCAAUUUCAAAGAAAAAAUGAUGGAAAUAUAAGUAUGCAGUAGUAUACAUCAAAGUCCUCAUGGUCACGGUAUUGGCAAAAAAAAAAAAGCAUAUAUAUAACUAGAAGCCUUGUGACUAAGUCCUUGCUUUUCAAGUCAAAUGAUUAGAUAAUUUCAGAUCUCUCUCAAUGAACUGCUUUCCUCUUAUUGAUAAGGGGAAAACCAAAACCUACAUACCUCCUUACUCCCAAAAAAUGCAACCUCUGCAGGCUUCAACCUUGAAGUACCACCUUCACAAAUUACUAGCAAAAUCAACCAAUUUCUGUAAUUAAACAUAUUGAACCAAAUUCUCCUAUAUGUUCAUGACUGACUUUGGCAGUCAUCAGAAAACACUCGACAGAAAUUUUGCAAUCUGGAUUUCUAUUCAGUGACCAGAAUCUUAAGAUUCACUCCUUCCUGAGAAAAUCAUUCCUGAGAAAAUGUUUAAAACAAACAAACAUACAUUCACCAUCAGAAUCAAAACACUGAGAUUUGAUUUGCCCUGCCAUAUUCUUUUGCACACAGCAGACAAACAUUCCCUCCAGCUAACCCAUCCUCUAAUCCUGAAUUAACACAACCACAACCAAGAAACAAUGUAUGUAACCCACAAGAUUAACCAAGAAAUGGCUAUUGCAUCACACACCAUCAUGGAAAAGUAUUUAGAAAUUGCAAUUAAGUCGUUAUUUGUAAAAAAUAAAUAAGUCAUAUGACAUUUAACAGGAUGUGGUCUCUCCUCCUGUGGUGAAAACAGAUGUAAUGAGUUCUAAUUUCCAAAUAUCAUCAGUAUCAUCAUAGCUUAAAUUCCAACACUGUAAGAAAAUAUUUCCAAAAACGUCCAGGGUAUAUACAGUUUGAUUUAGCAAUCCUCCUGAUAAAAACCAUUAUGUUAGAUGUGUGCUUCAUUUACCACACAAUGCAAGAAGAUGAGAUCUUAAGCAGCUCUUUGUCACCUACAGCCAUUUCGGAAGACAGCCGUACAAAGCAGCAAAAGACAAGUUUUAUACUUCACCAAAACUGACCUGUUGUGACAAAAUUCUGAACAUUGAUUCAGUCUGCAAGACUGAGUGUGUUUAAAUGUUAUAGUUCAGCUAAUAGGAGCCUUGUUGAUGAAUUCAUUCAAGGAAAGAAAACCCACACAGCCUUUGUUUUACAUCUAUGAGAUACAGCACAGUUACUUUGUACCAGUUGUCUCUACACCAGGAAUUUGUAGCAAAAUUAAAAACCCAUUACAAAUUCCCAAUCACCUUAAUUUUACCUCACAGCUGGCCAGGCCUUGAAAAGUUUAUGGAGCACACAUAUAGGUUUCUUUGUAGAUUAAAUUAUUAAGAACAAAAUUAUACUGAAAGCAAUUUUUUUUUUGCCUUUAGUGAUGACACAAAACUGACCAUCCUUUUUCUACCCUCUAAGCAGGAGACCCACAGUCCAUACACCAAGACCAAGAAAACCACCAAACUCACAAGCCUCCCUCUCUGUCCCUUGCACAACUGCUUGGCACCAGGUCCAACAGGCUCCAGUGACAGGGGGCAUUUCCCUAACACUGAGGCAACCACAAGCACACUCCACAUCCCUCCACUUUGAAGGCACAAAGUAAAAAGCCAAACAAUCCCUAUCACCGGGCUACGAUCAACAGGAUACCUCAAAGUCAGUACAAUCUCCACCAAACUCAGGAAGGCAUCAAUGAUUUUAUUUCACACAUCUAAACUGUAGCCUUGAGCUCAACUCAAGUGGGAGCCAGAGCCCAUUUUUCAGUAAACUAUGCUCACUGGCUUUAUUCCAACACUAAGAGUUCACUCCACCACAAACCCCAUCACAGAAAAUAAUCUGCACCUGGCUGCAGACGGCACUGAUGCAGUGACAGAUCAAUAGAGUCAAGCAGGAAAACUCAUAUUUGCCCUUUUCUGUCACCCAUGUGACAGUAAAAUAAAAUUUUCUCAAGUUCUACUGAGAAAAACAGAAAGGAAAAAAUCAUAGGUUAGAACACUUGAAAUUAAUAACACCUAAUUACAGUCCCCAGCCUUGACCAACAUGAGAGUUCUUUCACCCCACUCCUUAGACCUGCCCUCUUCUCCUAGCACCACCAAAAAAAACUCCAGUACUGCUGAAAUGAGCAUACUUCCUGACCUUCCUUAAGGAAAUUAAUCUUCUUCACAGGAAUCUCUUUAAUGUAUAACUUUCCAAACCACUAAUCUGCUCUUAAAAACACAACCAAAUUUUGUGAAAAUGACAAAAACUGCAAAGUAACUUCACAACAUCCAUACCAAAGAUUUCUUCACUUUCAAACUUGAAGAAAAUUGGAGGGUUUUUUUUUUUUGCUACCUUACAAUUAAUCACCAAGAUUUAAUGAUUAAUACUUAUUCUUUUCUUUUUUUUUUUUUUUUUUCCACCAGGGAAGAAUAGAAAUGUUCAUUUAAGGAGAAGUUUCACUCACCUUUUAAUUUCACUAAGAACACUAUUUGGAAUGAAAGUCCGGACACAUAAACAAAAAACAUUAUACAGCAUACUGACAUUCAAUUUAACUUGACUUGAAGGUACUAUAAAAGACCUUUUCCCCCCCUCAAUCUGAAAACCCAAGAUUUCCAUGCUAAUAACUUUCCUGAAACAUACUUCAGUAGCAGUGAAUUACCAAAAAUUUCCCAUCCAAUGUGCUAAAAGUAAAUAUUUCAUAUGCAAUAUUUAUCCAGUAAUUCCAAGUCGCAAAAAAUCUCAAAUGCAACUAUUUUUAAGAAAAACUUUCAGCAUCACAGAGAGACGUCACAGAAUCUGGCCUGUGCUUGACAUAUGCCUGCUUUUGUAAAACUUUGAAUGAAAGAGGAAACACUUCCCUAUUUCUCUACCUCUUGCCAAAUACUAUAAUUCUUGGAAAGCAGCCAGAGCAACCAUGUGGCGGUUACCACCCACAAACCACAUCCCCAAAUCUCAGACAUACAACAGGGCACAUGAAAAACACUUCUGCAGGUGUUUGGGUCCAUCCACCCACUGCUGCAUUUUGGGUAUUGUACACCCAUGUGAAAUGUAAAAUCUGAUUGAGAAAUACGAGUUACUUCACACUGAAUACUGUAUCUCUUAGUAUUUGAGUAUCUCAGGUACUGCACAAAAUUCAACAGAAGAAAAAUGUUCCUAAUCACUAUUAAAGCCACUACCAACAGAUUAUUUCAUUACUAUUACCAUUAGGAUCAGUCAAUAAAAAUAAUCAAAAAUUUAAUUUCUUUCAUAAUAUAAGACUGUGAGCAGUUACAUUAGUCUCAAGUUACUGUAAGAGAAAAGGCACUAGAAAAGCUGCACUAGCAAAAGGAUACAUGGUCACAAGACACUGUUCUGCAUUCAGCCCUUGCACUGCUCCACUGUCAGCAGUCUAUCAGCAUUAGCCAUGCCAGUAUUCCAUGACAUCUGACUGAGUUUUCAUGAUUAAUGGAAUUUUAAAGAACAUCCUCAUUUGCAUUAGCUCUCAUAAACAUUUUCAUUUUUUCUUUCCAAUUCUUGUCCUUAAUUUUAAGUGUUUUCCCUUGGUUCAUUUCUCUCUGAUUCUCCAAUCAGAGCCCUUGAACACAGUAAGAUUUUACCAUGAAUUGCCGUGGCACAUUAAAAACAGAGGAAUCUCUUAUUCUUAAACAUUUAAUCAAUGUAAAAAAAGCCUGAAAAAUCUGUGGAGUUAAAAAAAAAGCCAUGCCAAAAUCUAGAAUACCUUUGUUGCAGUGAUAAUUUGGGGCCAAUAAACACAGUUUUUUUAAAAAACCACUGCACAGACACAAACUACCCUGCACAGUUCUGGAAGGGAGAGCAAUCUACCCAAAACAGCUUCUAUUUAACAGAAACCAGUCACCAUUUUAAGCGCUUGAACUUCGGUGUUAAAGGGAGAAAACCAAUCGAAACCAAAAGAACCAUGGUCCAAAGAGCAAGACUUCAGCAUAACAAUGAAGCACAUACCUUGUUUAGUGUACUUGUUUUCUUCCUUCAGUUAUACAGUUGUAACUUUCUCUUACAGUAAGAGCAAAUUAUACACAUACACACAGAGCACUCAACUGUUGUGUCCUCCCACCCCAUCCUAAAUCCCAGAAAACACAGGGAUCAUUUAAAGGCAAGUUCAGCAGGAAAGUAUCCUUUUUUAGUAUCUGACUGUGCUAGAAAACACAAACAUACACAUCCCUCAAUCCUUACUGUAUCCACAGAUAAAAGAAUCCAGAAGAUAAAAAACCUGAAGUGGAUCAGCACAGUAACCAUCCACAGCGGCUUACCAACAUUUGGGCAAGGAAUUUUUGAGGAAUACUGAAGUAUUUAAAACAUUAGCUUGAUUUUCUGGUUACUGUGAAGAUAAAAGAGGAAUCUUUACCCAAAAAGGCA